AAUUGGUGAAACUGGUGAUACUGGUAAUGUUAGUGAAACUGGUGAUACUAGUAAAACUAUUGAAACUAGUGAUACUCGUAAUACUGGUGAAAUUGGUGAUACUGUAUCACCAGUGUCACCAAUUUCAUCAGCAUUACCAGCAUCACUAGUUUCACUAGUAUCACCAGUAUUACCAGUUUUACCAGUUUCACUAAUUUGA